UUUUGGAGUAUUCUCCAGGAAGUUGUCCGACAGAAGCGGCAACAAAAUGGAGAAGUUUAAUUUUCUGAAAGUUGUAGUGUUUGUUAUUGUUAUAUUUAUACAGAGAAUCAGGUCAGAGGGUUAUAUUCCCCAAUUUUUGAAAACAAAAUACGGUGGUCUGGAUUCCUUCGGAGGAAGUACCUUGUCUAGUACCAAAACUAAAUCAUCCUAUAGCAGCGGAGGUUAUAAUUUUGGAAGUGGUGUUUACGAUAAUCAACCUGACCCUUAUGGAGGGGCACUAGGUUUGACCAAGACGAAAACAAAAUUUAAAACCAAAACUAAGACCAAGUUUGGAUCAUAUUCUGGAGGUUGUACCGGUACUCCUGAGCCUGUUAUGAACGCUGGCAUGAGAUGUUCAUCCCAUGGCCGAUGUAAAGUAGAAUGCGAGUCCAAUUAUCAAUUUCCAAAUGGAAAAAACGAUUUAAUGCUCAAGUGUGUCGGUGGUCAAUGGAAACCAGUGGAUGAAAGUUGGGAAGCCGUACCUUCAUGUCAACCAAUUUGUUUACCCGAAUGCCAGAACAAUGGAAUUUGUAUUGAGCCGAACCAGUGUCAAUGCCCUGAAAGUUUUUCAGGUCCUCAGUGCCAGUUUGAGAACAAACCUUGCCUGAAUUACCCUAUUUUGCCUAAAAAUUCCAGAAGAUCAUGUAGAUCCACCCAAUGCACUAUAGAGUGUAUGCCAAACUACCAGUUCCCAGAUGGUUCAACCAUCACAACCAUGACGUGUAAAAAUGGUUUGUGGGUUCCUAUGAAAAAUCAGUGGAUUACUGUUCCCGAUUGCCAAGCUACUUGUUCACCACCAUGCCUAAAUGGAGGAAACUGCCUUUCCUUCAACUACUGUCAAUGCCCUCAAGAUUUUCGAGGACCUCAAUGUCAAUAUAGUAUCGAUGUGUGUAGCGUUAAAAAACUACAAUUCAAUGGAGGAUAUAAUUGUUCUGGCGAUAUGACCUCGUUUGGUUGUAGUUUAUCCUGUCCAGAAGGGAUAGCUUUCCAGUUUGAGCCUGAACCAGUUUAUACUUGUCUGUAUUCUACUGGAGAAUUCCAGCCUAGUCCUAUACCCCAGUGUGUUUAUCCAUCAAAUUACAAUAUAGUAUCUCAGGGAUCCAGCUCAAACAGCAUGCAAUCAAAUGUUCAUUCUUUUAUUCACGAAUAUUUUCCAAAACAUCAUUCCUUUUCAACUUUUUCUCCUCAGGAAGAUGAAGAAGCUUUAUUUGAAAUAAACAGAAACAAACACUUGAAGCCUCAGUAUCAAAUAAAUAUUCCUGAACAACUUUUAAAUGAAUCCCACCAAGGUGUAUUUCCCACUUUAUCAUAUGGUGAAAUUUCCAACGAAAUUGUAGACCUAGUUCCUAAACCUGGAUCUUGCUUCACGUGGUCUGGCAGCCAUUUUAAAACCUUUGAUGGCAAAGUUUACAGUUUUGAUUCCAAAUGUCCCCAUAUCUUCUUUAAAGACGCCAUAGAUGGAACAUUCAGUGUAAUCGUUCAAAACCACCCAGAAUGCUAUAAAGGCCCUUCAUCUAUGGGAUGCUCUAAGAUUAUUAAGAUAUAUUAUCAAGAUAAAGAAUAUUUCUUAAAAAGAUCAGAUGAAGGAUUGCCUAUUUUUGCCUCGACCAAGAAAGUCUUGCCUAUUCCUGGACAGUUGCCAGGAAUCAGAGUGACAAUGGCCGCUAACUAUAUAGUUUUGUCGUUGGAUUCUAUUGGUGUAACGAUCAAGUGGGAUGGUCAACAAUUAGUACAUGCUGAGGUAAAAGAAAGUAUGUGGAAUAGGACUGAAGGUCUCUGUGGCAGAAUGGAUGGUGAUAUUGAGAACGAUAUGUUAACCAAAGAAGGGCAUGUUGCCAAAUCAGUAAUCACCAUGGCGUCCAGCUGGAAAAUAGAUGAUUUGGAAGAGCCCUGUAUCGAUACACUCGUCGACGAACACAGUUGCAACGUCAACAGCAUAAAUGGCGAACUAGGCAGAGAUGCUACUCAUUUUUGUACAAAAAUACUCUCAGACUCCAGGUUUUCAGCUUGCUCAAAUGCUGUUGAUAUCACAUCUUUAUUAGAAUCAUGCAGAUGGGACUACUGUAACUGCCCUCAUCACAACGAUCCUUCCGAGUGUACAUGCGAAACUUUGGAGGUUUAUAUUAGGGACUGUACACAUAAAGGUGUUAAAGGCCUGACCCAAUGGAGAGAUGAAAAUACUUGCCCUAUGAAAUGUACUGGCGGUAAGGUUUAUAUGAACUGCGGACCUAAAAAAGGACAGGCUAUGUGUGGGGCUGUCUCUAUUCUUCCAGAAGUGGGAGAUACUUGUAUUGAAGGAUGUUAUUGUCCAGAAGGUACUGUUUUACAUGACAACAAAUGCAUUACCAGAGACCAGUGUCCUUGUAAACUUAGGGGAAAAAGUUUUUCUCCUGGAUCUUCAAUUCCAAAAGACUGUAACACUUGCACUUGCAAUAACGGAGAAUGGGAAUGUACCCAAGUUUCUUGUGGUGCUAGGUGUGGUGCAGUUGGGGAUCCUCAUUACAUCACCUUUGAUGGUAAACGUUUUGAUUUUAUGGGUCAGUGUUCGUAUUAUCUCAUGAAAACUGACAACUUCAGUAUUGAAGCUGAAAAUGUUGCUUGUGCAGGAGCUAUAUCCGAAGCUAUGAACUUCCCCGUUAGCGUAUCUGCAGGUUUACCAUCUUGUACCAAAACUGUGACAAUAAGAAUUAACGGACAAGUCAUAAAACUGAAACAAAAUCACGAUGUUGUUGUGAAUGGCAUAGAUAUAACGAAGAUUCCUCAUAAUGUGGCUGGAGUUAACAUUAGAGCAGUAUCUUCGAUAUUCUUACAGACAGAACUUCCUAACGGAAUUGAAGUUUGGUGGGACGGAAUGACUCGAGUUUACAUUGACCUUCCAGCAAAUUUCAAAGACAAAACCAGAGGUCUUUGUGGGACAUUUAACAGCAACCAAAAAGACGACUUUUUAACACCUGAUGAUGAUAUUGAACAAUCUGUUAUCGCUUUUGCCAAUAAAUGGAAAACAGAAGAAAUGUGUAACGAUGUUCCAGAAGUGUUGUCUAACCAUCCGUGUGAUGUCAAUCUACAUAAGAAAGUCGCAGCUGAGAAGCACUGUUCAAAACUCAGAUCAGACCUGUUCAAAGAUUGUCACUGGUAUGUUGAUCCAGAACAGUUUUAUCAAGACUGUAUGUACGAUAUGUGCUCUUGCGAAUUUAAAAUUUCAAAGUGCUUGUGCCCCACGUUGUCCGCAUAUGCUCUAGAAUGUUCUAGCAAAGGAGUCAAAAUUGACUGGAGAAACGAAGUAAGAGAGUGUGGAAUUCACUGUCCUGGCGGCCAAAAAUACCAAGUUUGUGGCAAUGCCUGUACAAGAACUUGCAAUGAGAUUUCUCUAAGACCAGACUGUAAGAGACAGUGCGUUGAGGGUUGUAACUGUCCAGAAGGAGAAGCCUUAGAUGACAAUGGCGAAUGUAUUCCGAUUGGUCAGUGCAAAUGUCAACAUGAAGGACUAGAUUUUCCAGCUGGAUAUAAAGAAAUACGACCAGGAACUAAAGGGCUUGAACUAUGCACAUGUCUACAUGCUAUUUGGCAAUGUAAACUGGCUACAAUAGCAGAAAUCCAAGAUUUUCCUAGAGCCAAUGAUCUCAAAGCCAAAUGUGACUCCUCAAGGAAUUUUGAAUUUACUACAUGCGAAGAUGUUGAACCAGUGACCUGCAAAAACAUGCACAAGAAUGAUCAUUUUUCACCAACUGUCUGUCAUGCUGGGUGCAAGUGCAAAGAAGGAUAUGUGUUGGACUCCAGAAACAAGAUAUGUGUCAAACCGACUGAUUGUCCCUGUCAGCAUGGUGGUAGAAGUUAUAAGGAGAAAUCCAUAGUUCAAAACGAAUGCAACACGUGCACGUGCAAAAACGGCAAAUGGUCAUGCACUGAUAGGCAGUGCACGGCAGAGUGCAGUGCUUGGGGUGAUUCGCACUACAAAACUUUCGAUGGGAAGCAUUUUGACUAUCAGGGACAAUGCGACUAUGUUUUGGCCAAAGGAAACUUGGAAUCUGAUACUUUCGAUGUCACUAUUCAGAACGUACCUUGUGGAUCUUUGGGUACCAGUUGCUCUAAAAGUGUGACUAUCAGGAUCAUUUCUGGAGACGAUAAUGAAGUAAUAACACUGACCAAGGACAAAUCUGUUCCCAAAUUCGUUACCAAAAAACACGUCACCAUAAGAGAAAUAGGAUUAUUUGUGAUUGUAGAAGCACCUGAUUUGGGUUUGGUAGUUCAUUGGGACAAAGGUACCAGAGUAUACGUAAAAGUGGAUCCAAGAUGGAAAAACAAAAUUAAAGGACUGUGUGGCAACUACAACGAUAACGAAGAAGACGACUUCCAAACUCCCUCUGGCGGCCUUUCUGAAGCAUCUGCCAAAAUUUUCGGGGACUCCUGGAGAUUGCAAAACUACUGUCCUGAGGCUCUGGAAGUGGAGGACACUUGCGCUGAACGUCCUGAUAGAAAAGUGUGGGCUUUGAAGAAAUGUGGAGUGUUAAAGAGUUCUCUGUUUGCACCCUGUCAUUCAGAAGUACCAUUGGAUGCGUAUUUCGAUAGAUGUGUAUUUGACGCAUGCGCUUGCGACCAAGGAGGUGACUGCCAAUGUCUCUGCACAGCACUCGCAGCAUAUGCUCAGGAAUGUAACAACAGAGGUGCUCCUGUUAAAUGGAGAAGUCAGCAACUGUGUCCUGUCCAAUGUGACGAGCGGUGUUCCACGUACACUCCCUGUAUGAGCACCUGUCCUCAUGAGACUUGUGACAACUUGCUGACCAAUAGUAAACUGACUAAAAAUUGUGGAGAGGAUACUUGUGUGGAAGGCUGUAAUCCCAAGCCGUGUCCACCAGAUCAUGUUUACUUGAACGAAUCUUAUACAGAUUGCGUUCCUAGAAAUACAUGCAAACCAGUAUGCUUAGAGUUAGACGGAGUUACAUACUACGAAGGGGACCUGGUUGAAGAGGAUGAUUGUCACAGCUGUUACUGUUCCAGAGGCGAGAAAAUAUGCAAAGGACAACCUUGCAGUACCACAGAAUUUCUAGAAUACACCACAGAACAAAACGAACAAACCGUGCAAUGUACAUCAGGAUGGACCAGUUGGCUCAAUCAAGAUAAAGUAAAAGUUGUCAAGGGUAGAAAACAGAAGAAACUAAACGACGUAGAACCUGUCCCCACCCCAAUCAUUUUGAACCAAUUGAAGAAUUCCAGCAAGUGUACAUUAGAAGAGAUGACAGAUAUAGAAUGUUUGACAACCGACGGACGUCAUCCUAAAGAACUAGAAUUAGAUGUGGAAUGCAGUUUAGAAAAUGGAUUGAUUUGUCGAUCUUCUGAUAAGAAAAAUCCUUGCCCCGAUUUUAAAAUACGAGUAUUGUGUUCCUGUAAUUCUUCUUCGGAAUGUGAUGUUAAUUCACCAAAUAAAGAGCAUCCAACAGAUUGUCGCAAAUUCUUGCAAUGUGAUCAUGGAAAAUUUGUGGAGAAAACUUGCGGUCCUGACAUGUUCUACAAUCCGGAAUCGAUGACUUGCGAUUGGGAGGACAACGUCAUCAAAAUCAAACCGACAUGCGGCAACUGUCCGCCCGGUACUAUCAAAGAGAACUGCGCAGUACGAUGCGACAGGCUCUGCGCAAACUACUUGUCGGUGACUCGCGAAGAAGGCAUGUGCAAAGAAGGCACUAAAUGUGAAGCAGGAUGCGUUUCUGCUAGCAACAGGGUUAAAUGUCAAGAAGGUUAUUUCUGGUUAAAUGAAAACACGUGCGUUUCAAAAGCGGACUGUAUGUGCAUUAGUAACGAAGGUAGACCUGUCAAACCUGGAGAAAUCGUCUACGAAGGCGUCUGUAUGGAAUGCCAAUGCGUAGACAACUUCUAUUCCUGUCACGACAACUGUCAAAAUGUUGCCACCACAGAAACAUGGUUCGAGAAAGUUGUCGUGUCCGAACUGUACAAAGAACCACCCACCACUCAAGGUUACUUGGUACCAUCGGUGUCACCUCCACCACUAUGUACAGAGGAUAGAUAUAUUAAUCUGAUACAAGGAGACCAACCACUACCAGACAGUGCUUUCAGUGCUAGUAGUGUUCUUAGUGCGUCAUUUGCCCCUAAAUAUGGAAAAUUGAACACCAAAAUUACAGAAAAAUCUGGAGGAAGUUGGGCACCUCAAUAUACUAAUCAGGAACAAUAUCUUGAAGUAGACCUAGGCCAACAAGAACCAGUUUAUGGAGUUAUAGUACAGGGAAGUCCGCUGUACGAUGAGUACGUCACAAGUUACAUGGUACUUUACAGUCCUGACGGUUUCGAUUUUUACUACGUUUUGAACGAGGAAUCUCCACCAAGACCUCAAAUUUUCCGAGGAUCAAUUGAUGGUAAUACUCCAGUAAAACAAAUAUUCAACAAACCUUUUGAAGCUUCCAUAGUGCGAAUCAAACCCCAAACAUGGAACAACGGAAUUUCUUUGCGAGUUGAAAUUAUCGGAUGCUCAGAACUGAUUAGUACCACAGUUUCUGAAGUUUUUGUAACCUUACCUCCUGACCAUCCAUCGCUAUGUGAUGAUGAAAUGGGGUUGUCCAACGGGUCACUUGUCAAUCAACAAAUCAAAGUUAGUUCUGAAUUGUCCAGCCAAUUCAGCAAAAAAUACAUUAGACUGAAUAAUUUGAACUUCUGGCAACCGUUGAGUGAUUCACCAACAGAGUGGGUUCAGUUUGAUUUCUUAGAACCACGGGAUAUCACUGGUGUUGUUACUAAAGGUGGAAGUGAUGGCUGGGUAACAGCUUAUUCUGUUAAAUAUUCUCAUAACGAACUUGACUGGAAUCCUAUUCUCGACGAUGAAACUGAAAAAGAAAAAAUAUUCCCGGGGAACUUCGAUGAAAACUCACCCCAAGUCAAUAAUUUUGCCUUACCAAUAAAUGCCAGGUAUAUAAAGCUGAUUCCCUUAAAAUGGAAGAAUAAAAUUCAGUUGAGGGUAGAACUUCAUGGCUGUUUUAAACCAUACCCUAUUUUAGAAAUACCAUCAACUACCACUGAAUCUUCGUUACCCUGUAACAACUGUCCUGGAGUGAAAGCUUCGACAUUAGAAAUGGAGGCCUGCAGGUGUGCUGUUGAUCUAUGGUUUGAUGGUUUGAAGUGCGUGAAUCGUACCCAGUGUCCUUGUAUGGUUGGCCACAUAUCCUACGAGGUGGGAACAGCUUUCGAGAAAGAAGAUUGCUCAGAAUGUAUCUGCAAAUUGGGAGGAGUCUCGUAUUGUACACCAAAAGAGUGUGGCUCUUGCAAAGAAGGACUCAGAAGUACAGUAACCAGUACUUGCCAUUGCACUUGUCAACCGUGCCCAGAAGGUACGACUUUAUGUCGGACAAGUAACAUAUGCAUCAAUUCGACGCUCUGGUGUAACGGCAUUCAAGACUGUCCAGAUGAUGAGUUGAACUGCGUUGUUACUACUGUGAAACCUACAACUAGAGCACCAACAACAACCACGAAAAAGCCGAAAACUUGUCCAGUGGUCGAAUGCCAACCUGGAUACAAAAAGGUUGUCCAAGAAAUGUCAAGAACUGAAGCUCACAAAGCUUAUUUAUCACCCAUGAUAGUCAGUCAAGCUUUUACAAAAACCAAAAGAAAACAGGUAAAUUCUUACGGAGCAAAAUCUCCAACAAAAACCAGUGUAAAGACUACUCAAAAAAAAUACACUCUACCCAAACCCAAGCCUUCGGAAGUUGUAGAAGAAAUUAUUUGUCCUCAGUACAAGUGUGUUCUUAAUAAACCACGUACUGACUAUAUUCACACUGUAGAGGAGUGUCCCCCUAUCAUAUGUCAAGCUAAUUUCAUACCUGUGUUGGAUUAUUCUGAUGACUAUGGUACAAAAACUUGUCCAACUUACUCUUGCUAUCCUCAACCACAACCUGAUGCGAUCUGCAAUAUAACUGGCCGUACUUUCAAUACAUUUGACAACACCGAACUGAAGUACGACAUUUGUAACCAUGUCAUUGGUCGAGAUUUAGAAUACGAAGAUUGGGAGGUUUCACUGAAGAAGAACUGUAGCCAGAUUUGCUCAAGAGAUCUGAUAAUCAAACAUCACGAUCACGAAGUCAUCAUUCGAUCAGAUUUAAGUAUACAAUAUGAUGGAUACGAGUAUUCUAUGGAGCAAAUUAAGAACAUCGGAGGUCCAGAUAAAGGAUUUUCUGUCAUGCAACUCGGCAGCACAGUACUUUUUAUUUCAAAUAGAUUUGGAUUCUGGAUAAUCUGGAACAAGUUGGCAAACGUCAAGUUUGGAGUGGUGCACAAACUGGAAGGCAAAGUUGACGGACUGUGCGGGUAUUUCAACGAUGAUCCUGAUGAUGACAAGCGAAAACCUGAUGGAACGUUGGCCAGAACCACUGCUGAAUUUGGCGAUAGUUGGAUAUUGGAUAAAGAACAACCAGAAUGGUGCGAAGCCAAGGCUUGUCCUUUACAUAUUCAAAAUCAAGCAUGGGAUAUAUGUACAAAGGUCAAAGAACAACCUUUGGGCCAAUGCGCGAAAGUUCUCGAUAUAGAGGGUUUUAUUUCGAGAUGUCUGGAAACGACAUGCAGUUGUCUGGAAAAGUCUCCAGAUAAUCAUACUGCAGCCGAAGAAUGCAGAUGCAACGCUAUGCAGACCUUUGUAAUCGAUUGUCUUUCGACUGAUUCAUCUGUGGAUUUAUCUGAUUGGAGAGUGCUGCAAGAUUGCCCUGCUACAUGCGAUGCACCGCUGGUUUAUCACGACUGCUACCAAAGAAAAUGCGAACCCACUUGCAAAUCUAUUGCAGAUCCCAACGUCUGUCCCAAAAUUAAUAAUAUGUGUUUCCCGGGAUGUUAUUGCCCAGCAGGACACGUGAGGAAGGAUGACACUUGCAUUAAGCCAUCUAGUUGCAGAGAUUGCGAAUGCAAUGUUCUGCCUCACUUGCAAUACGUCACUUAUGACGAAAGUAACUUUACAGUUAGUGGGAAUUGUGUCUACGUCAUGUCUAGAGAUGCUCUGAUUGGAGACGAAGAAACACACAAAUGGCAGGUUCUAAUAACUAAUCACCCCUGUAAAACAAAACCGGACAAAAUGUGUGUGGGUAAAGUGACCAUCUUGUACAAAGGCCACAAAGUCCACAUCCUGGUGGACUAUUUCAGAAACAAACUAAAACUUAUCGUAGACAGUGAACGAAUUGACGAUUUUGAGGAAAUAGAAGAUUGGGCCAAAGUACGUGAAACAGGGUCAAAACAUUUUAAGAUAUUACUGACAGACGAUCAAGUGGAGGUUUCUGUUUACUAUCCUUCGCUAGGAGUGUCUGUUAAGGCGCCAUCACACAAGUAUGGCGGAAAAUUAGAAGGAUUGUGUGGAGAUUGUAACAAGAACCCUUCUGACGAUAUCAGAAACCCGGAUGGUAGUAAACCGAAAGAUAUCAAUGACUUUACCUUGAACUGGCUUUACGAACAUUUACCGGGUGGUCAAAGUCGAGAACAAUGCGGAAACCAACCCGAAGAACAGUGUCCAGAAAUUCCUCAAAGUGACGAUCCUUGCAUGCAGCUGUUAGAUGGUGUGAAGUUUGGACAAUGUUUGAACGUACAAGAUCCAUCUCUUUUCCUGGAUUGGUGUAAGAAAGAUACUUGUGGAAACCAUCCAGAGCUGUCGUGCUCUGCGAUUGAAGCUUACGCAAGAGACUGUGCUUCUGCAGGAUUUUGUGUCAAUUGGAGGAACGAAUACUGCCCAGCAGAGAACUGCCCGUCUGAUCAACACUACGAACCUUGUGCCACGUCUAAACAAGCUACUUGUGAUGACGUCAAAGCCAAGAGCCAGAAGACUAAAGCAAGCACAACUCCGAAAAAAAGUGGUGUUAUUGAAGGAUGCUUCUGUCCUGAAGGAAAAGUACUGCUUAACGAUACCUGUGUUUUACCAAAAGACUGUGAAGUAUGCGAUGCUGAAGGUCACCAUCCUGGAGAGACAUGGAAGAAAGAUAAGUGUACUACUUGUAAAUGUGAAGGAACAUCGCUGAAAUGUGAUACGCAGUACUGUCCUGGCAAAGAAACCAUCUGUGAGAGAGGAUUUAACGCUAUUAAAAUAUCGAGCAAAGAAGACGAAUGUUGCGACAAAUACGCCUGCGUUCCCGAACCGACCGCUGGACCUACUUGCGAACCUCCACAAAAACUGGUUUGUGGACCAGAUCAAAUUUUGAAACUUGAUACAAAACCAAAUGGCUGUCAGACCUUUAUUUGUGAAUGCCAACCUGCAGACGAAUGCGAAAAGGUUGAUAUUCAAAGCGAUAAACCUUUGGAGCCUGGUUAUAUAAGAAAAAUUGACGAAGAAGGUUGCUGUCCUGUGGUAAAACUGAUAUGCAAAAAGGAGAAGUGUCCAGAUCCUAAAGAGUGUCCUCAGUACCACACGCUGAAGAAAGAAGAGAUUGAAGGAAAAUGUUGUCCUGUUUAUUCCUGUGAAGCUCCCAAAAAUAAAUGUAUUUUCGAAACUGAAUAUACAGAGGCUAAAGAAGGUGGCGAAAGAUCUGUUACCAAGUUUGAAAAACAGAAGAUAUUGAAGAAUGCUAAUGACACUUGGAAUGACGGUCCUUGCAGAGAUUGCAAAUGUUCACUAACAAGCAUAGGGACGUAUCAGGCGGCUUGCUCUCAAACCGAUUGCCCAUCGAUUGAGAGCCAAGAUGACUACUCCGAAUACGAACUGACUCCGGUCCUGGUUCCGGGACAGUGUUGCCCGAAAAUCAAACGCAGCGCCUGCAAGUACGAGGGAAAAACAUACAAAAUCGGUGAAAAAUGGGAUAAAGAAGGUGACAGAUGUGUUCAUUUCGAGUGUGUGGAGACGGAUACUGUACAGAAGCAGACAACAGUUCAAACUUGUAAUAAGGAGUGUAAACUUGGAUAUCAAUACGAAGAACCCGAGAAAGAAUCCAAAAAAUGUUGUGGAACUUGCAAGCAAGUGGCUUGCGUGGUUGACGAUAUAGUUCACCAAGUUGGUGAUGAAUGGAGUUCAUCAGACCAUUGUACGAACUACUUCUGUUUGAACUUAAAUGAUUCUUUGCAAGUUGAAGCAGUAAAAGUAUCUUGCUCUGUGGUAUCUGAGGAGAACCUGAAAGACUUCGUUUACGAAUUCAUUCCCGUGGAGGGUCAGUGUUGUAAAGAUCAGAAAAUUGUGGCUUGCAAAGUAGGAGAUAAAGUUCAUAAGAUUGGAGAUAUAUGGCCAUCACCAGACGGAGAUAAAUGUAAAAACGUAACUUGCGUAAAGAAACCUAACAGUCACGAACUGGUGAAACAGGAAUCAAUAGAAACAUGUAAAAAAGACUGUUCUAAGGGAUGGGAAUAUAAAGAAUCCAAAACACAAUGUUGCGGCGAAUGUGUUCAAACAUCUUGCGUGGUAAACGAUGAAUUGAAGAAGCCUGAAGAAACCUGGAAGUCUGAGGACGGAUGUGUUACAUAUUCGUGUGAUAAUUUAGGCGGACAAUUGCUGGUUUCAAGUAAUCACGAAGCUUGUCCAUAUAUAGAGGAUUGUCCAGCUGAAAAUGUUUAUACUAAAGGAUGUUGUAAAUAUUGCAAUGUUACUAUAGAAGCAAUGACUCUGUGCAGUCCACAACCGAUGCCUCUCAAAAAAACUGUAGGAAUGAUCGAAGUAUCACGUGAAGGUCGCAAAUGUGUGAACAAACACGAGCUAAACGAUUUUACCGAAUGUAUCGGAACGUGUCAUUCCUCCACAUACUUUAACAUCAAGACAGGUUUGCACGAAUCAGUAUGCUCCUGUUGCCAAGCAACCGACUAUCAGUCGUUAGAAAUAGAAUUAGACUGCGACGAUGGUUCGAAAUUCAAGAAAAAAGUAGCCGUUCCUUCAAAAUGCAGUUGUGUAGCUUGUGGAGAAAAAUCUCCUUAUACGCCGCAGUAAGACAUACCUAUCGCUCUAUAUACUACUAAGUCCAAGUGAUAUUAACCGUAAGUUGUAUAUAACUGUAUAUUUUCUUUGUUAUAUAACUGUAUGCAUAAAGUCAAAUAUAUUUUGCUAACAAGUUA